AUGUCAAACGGGUUAGACCGCGCGGAAAUGGGCCGAACCACCACGGUUUCACUUAUCCGGCGGAUCAAGCGGGUUGAACCGCUGCGGGCUGAGGGUGGAAACCCUGGUUUUGAGUUCAAGGAUUUGCGCAGCCGCAUGGGUCUUCUUCUUUUGUCGUUUAGCGGACGAAAGUUGAGAAGAGAAGAGUUAAGAGGCGAUUUCCGGCUUUGGAGAUAUCGUUUGAGGCUGUUCGUCGUUGAUUUGGAGCUUGGGCUCGUGUGUGGUGGCUGCUGCGCGGUGGUUCGUCGUGUUCUUCAUUGUGCUUCUUCAUCUCCUUUGAUUUCUUUCGCCCUUCAACCUAGAAUCAAGGUGAGUGCAUGA